AAGGCGUCGCGUGCCCGCCCGCAAAUUGCUUUUCCUUGCCCAUGGAGGUGGACAGCGAUAAUGACUUGCUCGGCAAGACUGCUGCCGGAGAGCUCGUCGAGUCGUACGUGGCGCAUCAUUUCCAUCCCCCGCCGCCGCCAGCGCCGCCAGCACCGUCCUCACCGUCCUCACCACAAUCCCCGUCGCGAAGCGAGGAGCAGUCCGACGAUGUCCUGCCGAAGCAGCUGGCAGACAUGGUCGGCGAGAUCAAGAGCCACAUCGGGAGCUUCAAGUCAUAUCCGCCGCACACGAUCCAGAGAAUCGCAGAGCUGAUUCUGUAUCCGCGCGCGCACUACAAGGCCUUGGCGUCGUAUCUGCAUGCCCUGGACAGAGUGUCGGCCGUGACGUCGGGCACGAAUACCUAUCCGCUGCCGCCGCCGAUUCCCGACAUGUCGGCGAUCCAGCUCAACGGCGACGAGCCCAACGAUCCGGCCUUGGCUGUCUCUUGGAGCAACCCUACGUCCGUGGCGGUUGGGUCCGAUGAGGCCCUAGGAGGAGCACUAUUGACUCCGAUUCCAUGGUUGACGAGGGGCACGCCGCCUCCGGAGACCGCCAUCGAAGCACCGGUUGGUGCGCAGAUUCACAGCGAAAGCACCGAGACUAUCGAAGGCCCUAAUGGGGUGGGCAGCAUCGAGACUGUUUCUGUGAGCAUCAACGGCGUGCCAUCCAUGGGGCAUUCCAGGGGCGUCACGCAGGGCGAGCUGCUUAGGCAGGAGCAGAGAGCCGGCAUCGUUCCCGUCACUCAGCUCACCAAGUCCAAUGACAUGGGCGAAGGCGAGCAGUCCGAGGCUUCGGAAGACCAACCCAUGGGCGACGACGAUGACGAAGAGGCACCCCACGCGAGGGGCCCGGAUGAAAUAGGAGUUGGCGACACCGGCCCUCAGUCUGAAACUACCAGCCUCAUGGGAGAGGACGGUGUCGAGAUGGAGGGCAUCGAUCUCGAAGCUGCGGUGGGCCGCAAACAUGCGGAUGAGAAAAGUGAAUCCUCCGCGACGGGUGAAGAGAAAAGCACAACCGACGAGCCUGCUGCUUCUUCUGAGCGGGCAAAGAGCCCCGGCGCCGAGAGUGUAAGCUCCAAGCGCGAGGCGGAAGACGAUUUGGAAGAGGACGUCGUGGCGAAGAAAGUUAAGGAGGACCCUAGCAGCGAUGGGGAUACACAAAUGACUCUGUCAGCUGAGAAGGAGCCGGACUCUGCAGAACAGAAAGAUGAGGGCGAAAGCAAAGAGGAUGAAGCCAAGGAAGAGUCAACGGACUAAAGGCGUCAAGGAUAAAGAGUCUGCUUUCCU